CCUCUCUCUCUCUCUCUCUCUCUCUCUCUCACUUCCGCCCAGGUGAGGGGAGGGGGCGCUCCUGCGUCCCGGAGCCCCACCUUUCCCCGAGCCGGCGCCCGCCUCCCGCACCCACUCUUCGGGACCGACCAGAUUUCUCUGGUUGAAGAGAACAGUUCAAGAUGCCCGAAAAUCCGGCAGCUAAUAAGCUGCAGAUCCUGCAGGUCCUCGAGAGGCUGCAGAUGAAAUUACAUGAGAGGGGGGAUACCUCCCAGCAUGAGAGACUCGUCCUGUUCAGUGAGACCCUGAAGAGCCCUCUCUUCAACCAGAUCCUUACAAUUCAGCAGUCCAUCAAACAGCUGAAAGGGCAGCUUAGCCAUAUUCCUUCAGAUCGCUCGGCCAACUUUGAUUUUUCAAGGAAAGGCUUGCUUGUGUUUACUGACAGCUCAAUUGCUAAUGGGAAUGCCCACACAGCCUUUAAUAACUCAGCUUCAGUGUUUCCUUGGACGCCAAGAUCAGGAAAUGAGGAAUUUACCUCUGUUAUCCAACAAAUGGCCCAGGGCAGACAGAUUGAAUAUAUAGACAUAGCAAAGCCAUCCACUGGAGGCCUGGGAUUCAGCGUGGUGACCGUAAGAAAGCCAAACGCAGCCGGCGUUGAUCUCUUCGUGAAGGAAGUCCAGCCGGGAAGUAUAGCAGACAGGGAUCAGCGACUAAAGGAAAAUGACCAAAUCCUGGCCGUCAAUUACACUCUUCUGGACAGGAAUAUGACCCAUCAGCAGGCUAUAAGUCUGCUCCAGCAGUGCACAGGAUCUCUGCGGCUGGUGGUCGCCAGGGGAUCGCGACAGUGGCCAAGCCCAAGUUCUACUAGUCUGAGCGAUACUCCUCCUCCUCCUGAGAAAAUUUGCUGGGGUCAUAUUGAAGAUGUUGAACUUAUUAACGAUGGCUCCGGCUUAGGUUUUGGAAUCGUCGGUGGAAAAUCGAGCGGUGUUGUUGUGAAGACGAUUGUUCCUGGAGGCUUAGCGCAUCGGAAUGGAAAGCUUCAGACAGGAGACUAUAUUUUGAAGAUUGGCGACACAAACGUGCAAGGGAUGAGCAGCGAGCAAGUUGCUCAAGUGCUGAGGAAUUGUGGGAAUUUUGUGAGGAUGGUAGUGGCAAGAGACCCCAUCGGGGAAAUUUCGGUGACUCCUCCAACCCCAACAACCUUGCCCGUUGUAGCACUACCAUCUGUGCCUACUUGUAACCAGAGCUCUGUUAACACUUCUCUUUUUGAUACUUAUGAUGUUGAACUCACUAAAAAGGAUGGCCAAAGUCUUGGGAUUACAAUCAUUGGGUACGCCGGCUCCUCGCAUACAGGGGAUGUCUCGGGGAUUUAUGUGAAAAAUAUCAUACCGGGCAGUGCUGCAGAUCAUAAUGGCCAAAUUCACAUUAACGACAGGAUAGUUGCUGUGGAUGGAGUAGAUAUCCAGGGUUUUGCCAAUCAGGAAGUUAUUGAGGUUUUGCGCAGGGCAGGAGAUACGGUGCAUCUGACUCUAGUACGAAUGAAAGCGUCGUCUUCACCUCUCCCACCUGACAGAUCUUUAGAUGAAGCAUCACCCAAAACACCCGCCUUAAUUUUAACGGGAGCUGUGGAGACCGAAACGAAUUUAGAUGAGGAAGAUGAAGUGAAGCAAGAGAAAACAGCUCAUCUGAAGGAUGAAGAGAAGCCAAAGCUGUCAUCACAGCCAUUCGAUACUGUUCCUGGCUCCCUGGAAAAUGAGCUGAAAUCCAAGUGGGAAAACCUGUUGGGUCCCGAUUAUGAAGUAAUGGUUGUCAUUUUGGAUACACAGAUCAUUGAUGAUGCUGAGUUACAGAAGUUUUCAAAGCUGCUGCCGAUCCACACUCUGAGGCUGGGAGUGGAGCUGGAUUCCUUCAACGGACACCAUUACAUUUCUUCCAUCAUGCCUGAUGGGCCAGUGGCCCCGCUCAACGUAUUGAAGUUGGAGGAUGAACUGCUGGAGGUCAACGGCGUUCAGCUCUCUGGAAAAUCCCGCAGAGAGGCAGUGUCAUUUCUGAAAGAAGUGCCUCCUCCCUUCACUCUGGUCUGCUGCCGGCGGCUCUUUGAUGAAGAGACCUUUGGGGAUGAGGCGAGCGUCACCGAUGUUGUCCUCACUGAACCAAAGAUUGACCCCAAUGAAGAAAUUCAAAUUAAUGAUGAUGAAGAUGAUGGGGAACUGGCUCUCUGGUCCACUGAGGUGAAGACAAUUGAAUUAAUUAAAGGUGUCGAUGGCUUGGGAUUCAGCAUUUUGGACUACCAGGAUCCUUUAGACCCGACCCGGACUGUGAUUGUGAUCCGCUCUCUGGUAACCAAUAGUGAAGCUGAACGGGGUAGGGAGUUAUUGCCGGGAGACCGCCUAGUCUUUGUCAAUGAUCGCUCCUUGGAGAAUGUCACCCUCACGGAAGCUGUGGAAGUGCUGAAGUCUCUGCCGCCGGGCAGAGUGACCUUGGGCAUCUGCAAGCCUUUGGUAGUUGAAGGUAAUGAGGAAAAUGCUUGUAUCUCACAACCAAUUGCUUUUGAAGAAACACCUGAUUACUCAGGACCCAUGGAAGCAAUGGACUCCCCUCUGAUCCUGGAAGCUCCCUCGGAAUUCCGAGAUGAUUCCUUCCUUCGUGAAGAAGACUUGGAGGAGCCUUUCCUUGACUUGGGAAGGACAUUCCACGGACAGUCCAAAGAAAUCAACAGUACUCAAGAGGCGUGGGAGAUGCACGCUUUCCUGAAGCCCCGAGCACCGGAAAUGGGAGAAGAGAGAGAGAUGCUGGUGGAUGAUGUGUAUGACUUCCAGGAUAUCUUUCAGAACGUGGAUCUGUAUUCUUCAUCACUGGGCAAGAAGGAUCUUCCUCUCUCUGCAGGCCAGGAUUUUCACUUUGGCACCCAGUGGCUAAGUCAUCCAGCGACCUAUGAAGCUCAUGAUCUGAGAUCCAUGGUGCACCCGACUUCCCAAGAGCUAGCUCAGAACAGAUACAACAGUGAAGCAAUGAUCAAUGAAAAUUUUGGGAACGCUUCCCUGUCCGUCAUCACUUCCUCUGAAGGCGACAUGUGCCAAGGCAUUUUUGGUGACCUUGACAACUCCGAAUCCAUCACAAAUAGCGGCUUGGAUUUAGGCCUGAGGAUGGCAAGUGCUUCAGAAGGCCCCGAAAUGCUGGUUGAUCUCCCUGCAGUAGUCCAAGGGAGCGAGGGGGAGGACGUGCCAGUCUAUCGGCUGCCUCACAAGCGAGGGCUCUCCAAGACUGGAGUGCUACCAUCUAAAUAUGCCUCAGAAACAUGUGAUUUGCCAGAGAGAGAAGAAGGUGAAGGAGAAGAGACUCCAAACUUCAGUCACUGGGGUCCACCUCGAAUCGUGGAGAUUGUGCGAGAAGCCCAUGAGUCUCUUGGGAUCAGUAUCGUGGGUGGGCAGACGGUGAUCAAACGGCUGAAGAAUGGAGAAGAGCUGAAAGGCAUCUUCAUUAAGCAGGUCCUCGAGGAUAGCCCGGCUGGGAGAACCAAGGCUCUGAAGACUGGAGACAAGAUCCUGGAGGUGUCAGGUGUUGAUUUGCAAAACGCAACCCACCAGGAAGCUGUGGAAGCCAUCAAGAGUGCGGGAAACCCCGUUGUUUUUGUUGUGCAGAGCUUAUCCUCCACACCCAGGGUAAUCCCACCUGUGACUUCCAAGACCAGCCAUCCUCCCAAAAACCAGGAUCGAGAAAAAGAAGAUAGAAAAGAAAAGAGAAGGGGAGGUGCACCCCCUCCAAUGAAACUGCCGCCUCCUUACCGGGCUCCUGCUGAGGACAGCGACCAUGAUGAUGACGACCAGACCGAAUUAACUGAGGAAAAAAUCCGGCAGAGGUAUGCAGAUCUGCCUGGAGAGUUGCAUAUCAUUGAGCUGGAGAAGGAAAAGAAUGGGCUUGGUCUCAGCCUUGCCGGGAACAAAGACCGGUCUCGGAUGAGCAUCUUCAUCGUGGGGAUUCACCCGGAUGGUCCCGCCGGCCGAGAUGGGCGCAUGCACAUCGGCGAUGAGCUUUUAGAGAUAAACAAUCAGAUAUUGUAUGGAAGAAGUCACCAAAAUGCAUCUGCCAUUAUCAAGACAGCCCCAACCAAGGUCAAGUUGGUUUUCAUAAGAAAUGAAGAUGCAGUCAAUCAGAUGGCUGUUACACCUUUUCCAUUCCCAGUCAGCUCUCAGUCUUCUAUCGAGGAUCAGAGUGGUCCAGAAGCCAUAAGCAAUGAAGAAGGAACCAAUACUGAAGUUGAUCUAAAGCAAUUAUUACCAGAGAGUGACCGUAUCCAAUUGGUACACUGCCGCCAGGUGAAACAACCCAAAUACUCUACCAAAAAGCCCAUUGGCUCCGAGGAGAUCUCUCUGGCACCCUCUUCCUCGUACUGUUCCACAGACAUGGAGUUCGCAGGCUACGGUGUUUUGCAGGUUCCAUUGUCGGUGGACCCAGCCACAUGCCCUAUCGUCCCUGGACAAGAAAUGAUUAUAGAGAUCUCCAAGGGACAUUCUGGCCUUGGUCUCAGCAUUGUAGGAGGAAAAGACACUCCGCUGGAUGCUAUAGUGAUUCAUGAAGUAUAUGAAGAAGGAGCAGCAGCCAGAGAUGGAAGACUUUGGGCUGGUGACCAGAUUUUAGAGGUUAAUGGUAUCGAUCUGAGGAACGCCAGCCACGAGGAAGCCAUUACCGCCUUGAGGAAAACACCCCAGAAAGUGCAGCUGGUUGUUUAUAGGGAUGAAGCACAUUACAAAGAUGAAGAAAACUUGGAGAUUUUCCCCGUCGACCUUCAGAAGAAAACGGGCCGAGGACUGGGCCUAAGCAUCGUUGGGAAACGAAACGGAAGCGGAGUCUUUAUCUCGGACAUUGUGAAAGGAGGGGCUGCUGACCUGGACGGAAGAUUGAUUCAGGGAGACCAGAUCUUGUCCGUGAACGGAGAGGACAUGAGGAGCGCGUCCCAGGAGACAGUGGCCACUGUGCUCAAGUGUGCUCAAGGCCUUGUGCAGCUGGAGAUCGGAAGGUUAAAGGCCGGUUCCUGGUUCUCGUCGAGGAAAACCUCUCAGAACAGCCAGACGGGUCUAUCCAGUGUCCGCAGCAGUUUUCCUCCUUCCCUGGCUCCCGUCAUCACCAGCUUGCAAAACCUGGUUAGCACCAAGAGGACCUCGGACUCUUCCCAGAGAAACUCGGGAGCUGAUGUGGGCCCAAGAACUGUGGAGAUCAUAAGGGAGCUGAACGAUGCCCUGGGGAUCAGCAUAGCAGGGGGAAAGGGCAGCCCGCUGGGAGAUAUUCCCAUCUUUAUCGCCAUGAUUCAAGCCAGCGGAGUUGCAGCACGUACACAGAAGCUCAAGGUUGGGGACCGGAUUGUCAGCAUUAACGGGCAACCUCUGGAUGGACUGUCUCACGCUGAUGUUGUUAAUCUACUCAAGAAUGCUUACGGGCGCAUUAUUCUGCAGGUAGUAGCUGAUACUAAUAUCAAUGCCAUUGCAUCUCAGCUGGAAAGCAUGUCUGCCAGCUACUACCUUGGCUCCCUGGACGGCGACCAUCACCCAGAAGACCCAGAGACUCCUCAGCCGAAGAUGAUUGCUCUGGAGAAAGGCACUGAUGGGCUGGGCUUCAGUAUUGUGGGGGGUUAUGGAAGCCCCCACGGUGACCUGCCAAUUUAUGUCAAGACCAUAUUUGCAAAGGGAGCAGCUGCGGAUGAUGGGAGGCUGAAGCGUGGGGACCAGAUCCUGGCUGUCAAUGGCGAGGCCCUGGAAGGCGUGACUCACGAGCAAGCUGUGGCCAUCCUGAAACGUCAGAGGGGAACUGUGACCCUGACCGUACUGUCCUGAGCUGCGGCGCGCCGCGGCAAAGUCACCGAAGCAGCCGCUGCUGCUGGGGCCAAAUCUCCGUCCCAAGGCACAGUCCCGGCUGGGAUGAAAACCAAGCACCAGUUAACAUUAGUCCUCGGUCUGAUCAGUGUCUCCUCUAGGCUCAGAAAAGAGCGCGUUUCCUCUCCCUGCAGAGAGAAAUCCUCUCUGACCAUCGUCAUCAUCAUCAUCAUCAUCAUCUCACUCUCUCUUUUUUCCCCUCGUCCUCCUCUUUCUCCCCUCAUGAUGCGGUGAAUUUCUCCAACUGAAAUAAACUCUGGUCUUCCAUACUGAAUGGUCAGCUUCUCAUCCCUGCUCCCCCUUCUAGCAGCUGCACCUGGAAUUGCAAACACAGGAUGAAUGGCGUCGUCGGAACCCGGCCGAUAAGCAGAAACAAACACGGAGUGACUCGUCAUCUCUGUCUUGAUUUACUAAUGCUAAUCAUUUUUCCAAGGAGGAAACAUUGUGGUAUAAUUAAAUUACCAGCACUCUAAAUGAUAAAAUAGCAAAUUCUCCUAUGGGACUUUUAUCUGUGCUCUUCUCAUUAAGUCUUUACCAUUGAAACAUGGCUCCAAUUUGGCCUUUGUGAGUUAGUCUUUGAUGGUUAUAAUGAGUCAAUUUGCGAGCUUGAAGACAAAGAUACGGACAGUCUUCUGAACACCAUCCCCCAGUUAUUUUCUGAGCCGGGUUCUGAAGACCACUUCUGAAACGCGCCUUUGGGAGAGAAGACCAUUUCCCCAGAUAAGCUGUUUUGUUCCACUGGAGCGGUCAGACUCGUGUUCUGAAGGUCAACAAGGAAGAAUUAUAUUGGGGUUCCCAGAGGUCCCCUGGAGCUAGCACGUUUCCACCAACCCAUCCUGGGAGGGAGGGCUUUCCAGUGUGCAACUCUCGGACAGCUCUGUGGGAGCCGUAUCCGGUGGUGGCAGGUCAGCCACUGGGCCCAGUUGCUUUCCCUUUCUACAGAGGACAGGGCCAGAAUUCUUCCUCUUUCUGUUCUCUUCACGUGAGCCAUUCUGUCUGAGCAGACUGCGAGGGCCAGAAUCAAGGGACACGUGAUGCCGCCAAUCGAUUUAAUAAGUGAGCUAGGGACGGGAGGGGAGGACAAUCAUGCUUUGCUCGGGUCUUCUAGCUCCAGAGAGGCUACUCCAUUGCAAGAGAGCUGCACGCCAUGGAAUGCAAAUUCAAAAACAAAAACACAAAAACUGGGAAAAUCUUUCAAACUGGUCCUGUACAUUAUUAGCACAGGGGUGGGGGGAGGUGGGAGGCUGCUUGCCUGCCGAUGCUCUUGGCUGCCUGUCAAGCUCUAUAAUAAGUGUAUUAGAAAGAAUAAGUACCGAGGUCAGUGAUUAGCGUUAUUUAACCAUAACACGAUUUUGUAAAUGGUCAGAAAGUCAUAAAAAGCAAAUUUUAUGGGCUCUAAUUUAAAAUGUUAUUUAAUAAGGAUAGAUUUUAAUGGAAAAUCCUCUUUGAAUCUAUGUAAUCACAAAGUGCAUUAACAUGUUGGAAUAUUACAUGGCUAUUCCAAAGCAUAGAGUGCCUGAAUUUUAUGUCUGAAAUGUCUUUGGUAUCUGGCGUUGAUUGCUUCUCAAACUUCUAAUGGAUUUCUGGCCGCGCAGUGUUAGUAGGAACCGACUGCUCAGUGCAUGAGGAGCAACAAAUUCGGGACCCUCCGGGAUCCACAGAGACCCUCUAGCAACCGGGCAGGCCUGAAACUAGAUAUGCACCUUGAAGAAAUCACACUGGAAAAUGGGACCCUCAGCAGUUUUCCUCCUGACUAGGAUAGAGUGACUGCCCAAGGCACCUUUGGGACACUGCAGGGUCUUGGGUUCCAUUCCUUUUCACCCACAUCCUCCUCCUUUUGUGUGUAUCCCAGUAAAAGGAAAAUAUAAGGAAAGGAGACCCUUUGCCCUUGUCACAAUGUCCAGGAUGGGUGGGGCCCCUGCUUCUUAUAACUUGCACUUUCUAUGUUAUGUACCUGCCAAAAAUUUAAAAAAAAAAUACAUUGCAACUUUCCAAUAAGCCAGUAAUGGUGUAUAGGGAAGUAAGGGAAAGUACUUCUCACCUAGGAAGGACAAGUUCUGGAAGAAAGCCACACUUUGGGUUUUAGCCAAACCAUUUGGACUUUUGUUUAAAGAAGAAUAAUGAUUUGGGAGAGGUGGAUCAUGGGAAGCAAGCCGUGAAAUGCAGCUGCUGAGUGUGUAUGUAUAUCAUUGGAUCCAAUGUUUUAUGACUUCCAAAGAUUCUAAAUAAAGAUUUAGUUGAAUAAGGA